AUGGAGCGUCGCACAACGUAUAUCAGCAAGAAGAAGAUGGAAUUGGUGAGGUCUAUUCGCGAGGGAGGCAACAUUGAAGCUAUUGGCGAGGAGAGCGGUGUUCCAGUUCGAAACUUGUUCCGUUCUUUGGCUAAGGCUAUCGUGGAGGAGAACAUGGAUGGGAGCCGCAUUUUCAACAUGGACGAAACUGCAUUUGAAAGCUCUCGUAAAAUCACACGGGUCAUAGCACUUAAAGGAUCCAAGAGCAGCUGCGGCAUUUUCCCGCUAAAUCUUGUAAAAAUGCACGAGAAGCUACACAAUUUCCAACACAACGGAGUUUCCGCCACCGUCAAAAAGACUUCUUGGCUGCGAUACAAGGAGACAGUACAGCACGAUAUCUUGCUUCUGCCUGCUCGCCAACACAAGCAGAGUAGGAAAAGAAAAACCAAGACAGUGGCUGGUAGAUUGUUAACGCGUGAGAUGCUUCAGCAACCUGACCAGCCCUCCCAACGAAACGCGCCGAAGCGAACAAGAAAAUCGCAGAGAGACAGAAUUUCUACAAAAAUGACAGCGAGUGGUAUGCACCACCAGGACCAGGAGCUUCAUCAAAAGCAAUACCACUAUCACAACCACGAGAACGAGCACAUUCACGAAGAGGAACAAGGCAUGGAGAGCGAAUUGGUGCUAGUGCAGCAGCACUCAGAAGUUGCUAGCAGUGAUACGGUUCUGUUCGAGGACGUGCACGAUCGUACAUAA